GUGAGGGACUGUAAAAUAGAAUCUUUACAUCCUAGGUGUAAAGAAUUUUUUUCCUACACGGGCCAGGGCAGAGCGAGCGACACGGCUGGAGCGUAUGCGUAUCGUAGCCUCGUAGGUGUCGUCGACACGACACGGGCUCGGACGUCGUCCAUCUAUAUAUCUUCUUCCAUUCCCGGCCCAGCCGCCGCCGGCCACAGUGGAGGACUGGUGGGUGAGCGAGUGAGCUGGCUAGUAUGGACUUCACCAGGGAAGUCGUUGUCCCGGCGGCGCUGUCCGAGAUCCUCGGCCGGAUCUUCGCCUUCCUCUUCGACAGCUUGCCCCGGCCCUCGCGGGGCGCCCGGGAGCUGCACCGGCGGCGGCUGGAGCGGCUGCUGGGCAAUAUCGCCAGCAUGGUCGAGGAGGCCGAGGGCCGCCACAUCACCAACCAGCAGCUGCUCUCCCACCUCAAGGCGCUCACCGCGGGGAUGUACCGCGGCCGCUUCACGCUCGAGGUGACGGACCUCGACGACGUCGUCAGCAGGAACGGCGACGGCGACGACGAGGACGCGGGUGACGGCGACGCCACGACUGCCGCCGCCAGUAGUGCAGGCAAGAGGUCGUUCGCGCUCUGCCGGUCGUUCAGCAGGGCGAAGCGUUCCCGCGUGACGGGCCUGAUCGCGGGCGGCGACGGGGGCACCGAGAGGCUGGUCGCCGUGGCCGAGGAGCUGGAGGGCCUGACGCGCGACUACAUGCGCGAGUUCAUCCUGCUGGUGCAGGGGUACCCGCGGAAGGUGCACCGGCCGGUGCGCACGACGCUGUACAUGGACCGCUGCGUAUUCGGCCGCCACGUCGAGAAGGAGCGCGUGGUGGACUUCCUGCUGCAGCACGCGCCCAGCGGGCGGGCGCCGUACCUGAGCGCGCUCGCCGUGGUGGGCGCCAAGAAGGUGGGCAAGACGACGCUGGUGAAGCACGCGUGCGACGACGAGCGCGUGCGCGGCCACUUCGUGCGCAUCGAGUGGUUCGAGACGCCCGACGUGGUGCGGGCGGGGGGCCUGCCGGGGCAGUACCUGUGGGAGAGCGGCGGGCCGGAGUACCUCGCCGGCGUGCGCCACAUCCUCAGCGAGCCGCGGUUCGCGAACGCGGCGGGGCCGUCGCUGCUCGUGUUCGAGGACGCCUGGCCCAUGGACGAGUCGGCGUGGGCCGCGCUGGCGUCGUCCCCGACCCCGCUCGGCGACGGGAGCAAGCUCCUGCUCACGUGCCGCGACGCCGACCUCGCCCGGCUCGGCACGGCGGACCCCGUGGUGCUGCACAGGCUGCAGCGGGAGGAGUACUGGUACUACUUCAAAGCGUUCGCCUUCGGCGGCGCCGACCCGCGGGACCACCCGCGGGUCGCGGCGGUGGCGCGGGAGAUCUCCGAGCACCUGGAGCGCACGUUCCUCGACGCGCGGGUGCUCGGCACGCUGCUCAGGGCCAACUUCGACGCCCGGUUCUGGCGGAGGGUGCUCGCCGCCAUCGUCAGCUGCGAGCGCCGGCCCAUGCACGUUGGAGUGCUGCUCGAGCUACUGCCCGUGCGCGGCAGGCUGCAGUCGUAUGGGUACUGCCGGAGCCCGCCAAAGUUCACCGUGCAGGACGUGCUCACCGCGCGACCGAGUGGUCGUGACGGUGGCUCAGGCUCGGGCUCGGAGGAAGGCUUCACUGUCCAUCUCUGCAAGGAGACGCUGUACAUGGAUCACUGGUAUAGCAUCACCUUCAAGAACGAUGGUGAGGCGACGCCGCCCGUCGUGACGACCUAGUUUGGUUGUUAUAGGCCGGUGCAACGCUUUUGUACGGUUUUUUCUCACCUUUUUUUUUGCUGUGUUCGAUCGACACGAUGGUUGUAUCGUGCGUUUCCACGUAAACUGCCCACAUAUUCAGAACAGCAACUACGACCAUAUGUAUUGUCCAAUUUCAUGUUCGUGGUCCUUCGCACGAUUCGACCGCGGCGAAGGAGAGAUCGCGUCCACUU